UUAGUUGAUAGCUGGGCUCUGAUUUCUUUUCUAGAUUCGUGUUCACUGUGAAUUUAUGCUGCUUUGUUUAUCCGUAAAUAGUUCUAACAACUUUCAACGCUUCAAGCCUGAUAUCGGACAUACUGAAGAUGUUGGGCUGGGCCAGCAUCGGCCUGGACCUGGGCUCAGGCAAGUGCUGUGUUGCCAGCGUGCGCGCUGGAGCGGUGACUGUGUUGCCAAACGCUCACGGCGACAAGACCACUCCGAGUUUUGUUGCCUUCACAGACUCCCGCAGCCUCGUGGGCAGCGAUGCCAGGGACCAGGCGGCGCUCAACCCAGAGAACACUUUUUAUGGCGUCAAGACCGUUCUCGGCAGGAGCUUUGAUAAGAAUCGGAAUAAUGAAUUGGCAUAUAUAGACGGAAAUGAGAUUCGGACUCGUGAAAAAGUUAUGAUGAAUUUUCUUCCUGAAUUUUCGAUAACCGAGGAAGGCUCACCCUCCUUCAAAAUCAGGUACAAAAAUAAGGAGUUGAUGUUGCAUGCGGAAGAAAUAACUGCCUUACUAAUCGCCAAGAUGAAAUCUGUAGCAGAAGAUAAUUUAGGAAGUGCGGUUACGAACGCAGUCAUUUCCGUCCCCGUAAAUUUCAGUAACUCGCAGCGACAAGCCACUCUCGACGCGGCCCGCAUCGCCGGCCUUGUAAACGUCACGCUAAUCAACUCUACCACCGCCGCUGCCAUCGCUUACUGGGACCAGCACCCCACAGAAAGAGAUUGCGUCGCUGUCGUUGAUUUCGGUGCCAGUUCACAAAGCCUCGCCAUACUUUCCAUUGAUAACGGGACUGUUAAAGUUCUGGAAGCUUAUGGAGGUUCAACAGUAAGUGGAAACCGUAUCGACUUCUGCAUGAUGCGAGCCAUUGUCACAAAAUUUCAAGAAAAACACGGAAAAUUUUUCGAAGAGUCACCUAGAGCCUUGGUGAGACUGAGGACCGCCACGGAGAAGUUGAAGUUCAAUCUGACUCUUCUUACCUCUUCCGCAUUGCAAGUUGACUCCCUUUCUCACGGCAUUGACUUCACAACUACGUUUCCCAGGCAAGAAAUGGAAGAGUCUUGCAAGAGCCAGUUUGAAAUCCUCGGAAAUGUUUUGCGUCGAUGGGCAAAAUCCAAAAAUUGGGCUGCAGUUCGAACAGUUGUGUUGGUGGGAGGCUCAACGCGUAUUCCUGCCGUAGAAAAGCUGAUAGCAGAAACUUUAGGAAAACCUCUGGAUCACUCGCUCAAUAAAGACGAGGCGGUUGCCUGUGGCGCUGCCCUCCGAGCUGCCGAGCUGUGCUGCUCAACACCGCGCGAGGUGGAGGAGGUGUUGUCCAGGCGAAUUAAUUUUGAGGCCGGCGCGGAGUCAGGGAUAAUUGUUGAAACUGGAGCAAGAGUUCCGGACGACUUCAAUCGCCCAACUUCAAAUGGCAUCUGGAAACGAAACUAUGAUCACGGGAUGAGAAUAUUUGAAAAUAUAUCGGAGAAUGACGACAAAAUAGUUAGAACCAUCGCACUGACGACAAUAGGAGCAGGACAGCUCGGCCGUUCACCUUCCUCGGGUGCACUUCUAUUUACGAUCGAUGAAAGUGGAAUUGUUAGAAUUGAACUAAUUUCUUGUGGGAAGGCACGCGACAUACCUAUUGGGGGCCUAUUAUCGGACAAGAAACGCGCAAAAAUUUGUUUGGGUAAUCAUAAGAUGUUUCUGGAUGAUGAAGCAAAAUUGAAAGAAAAUGAAAAUGCCAUCAACGAUCUUGAAACUUUCUGCCUCUACCAACUGGAAAAGCUCGGCGAGAAGUUCGGACAUGAUUCUGCUGCCUUCAAAUUGUGUAAAGAAAUUUUGACUUGGCUUGAAAAUACGCCGGAGGCAACGAAGCAAGAAUGCGAUCAGAAAAGAAUUGAUUUAGCGAACAAAAUAUAUUCUGUAUUCAACUGCAAGAAUCUGCCAACUGAACCCGCUGAACAAGAGGCAUGCCAAUUAGAUAGUACUGAUACUUACACGAGCAACCGUGCACUUGCACAACCGCUUACCAAAGACCGGGGGCGACCCACUAGUUUGACUGAUACCAGAGUGAAAUACGAAGAACACAAUCUUCCAAGCGAACCAACACUGCAUGAGCUAGGGCGUAGUCAACCGCAUCGGUCUGGUCCGACUCCAGUACCAGUUCCUGCACCCACACCGUCGCGAACUUCGGGUGAGACGACAUCUAUUAAUUGUAAUGCAGUCUCGUCAGCAAUUAAAGAUCAAUUUCAGCAACCUGGAUCAUUCUGUGAUAAAAUCUCUAGUGGACAAAGUUGCAGUGAAACCUGUAUCCAGGAAAGAGAUCUACAUACCCAACUCGACUGUCGUUCCGAAAACCUUCUAAGUGAUUAUAACCCUUCCUUUUCUCCGAACUUCAGUUAGAAAUGACAUGGGUGAUAUCAAAACUUUUCCUAAAGCUGCGGCUGAAUGCAAACUGCAAAAUACCCCAGUUAUUGUUUAUAAAAAUACUGCUGCAGUCUCGAAAAAGAUGCAAAAUCAACGAUCAAAGGAACGAAACAAAGCUGGUGUUGGGCAAGGUCGGCACACGGGAAAACGAAAAGCUGAAGGAGAUUCUAAGAUAUUAAACGAGACUUGAAUCUCGACAACUGCAGUGACCGCGUAAGUGAAGAUAGCAGCUUGAAUAAUAGAAAGGAGCAAGGUUUGCUUCGGCGUGGGGUCGACAUGGUCAUAGGUUGGAUCUCCCCAAGAAACGAAAUUCUGAUAAUAAUGUUAAGCUGUUAUGCCCAAUGUUACAAAGUUCUUGAUACCUACAUAGUUUCGUUGUUCAAAAUCUGCAUUCAUUCUUAAAAUUGCACGAAAAAUGCGUUUCUAAACUUUGAACUUGAUGGUACCAUCUGGCCAUAUUGCACUGCUCAUGGAUAGUUUAUGAAACACCAUGAUUGACUGGAUACCUUUAAACGCAUUCUAGUGUUAUUGUACCGUAGAUGGAAUAAAUUCUUAUACUUAAUCGUCAUUUUAUACUCAUCGCUGCGCGACUUCCACAAUUUAUCGGAGAGUUCUUGUAUUGUAUUCAUGACACCUCGGGUGAACUAUGAAUAACGAUAAAUAUGUAUAAACUAAUAUUUCACUUCAGUAAAAUGAGGUCAAGUGAUGAUAAUAAUAAUGUCAUUAGCUUCACUUUUGUACCGCAUAUCAACUGUGUCAAAACUGAUACUUGGGCAAAAAAGCCCCUCAGGAGGUCUUCUGUGUCACAAGUUCUAUGUAAUCGCGCGUUCCUAAAGGUAUAUUCACUGUGCGCCACGCAUCAGAGCUUAGUCUUCAAGAAAGACUAAAGAGUUGAAAUGAAUUGGCUCGUGUAUUAAAUAUUCUUACGGUUAUUAUUAUACCUGAUAUGUAUGUAGGGCUGUAGGCGUAUGUAUAAACUCGGCAAUACCGUCCUGUCCUGAGAAUUUUUUUUCCUUAUUUGGUGCAAGAAUUAAAUCCUAUUCCUGGUGUUCCAUUCGUUGUGAAUCGAACAUUUGGACUAAUGUGUGGUCCCAUAGGCGCUAGAUUCCUUUACUAUGAAUAUUUCAUGUAUGAAAGAAACGGAAGGAAUGUAUCAAAAUUUUAAUAUCAGUGGUUGUAACAAUCCAAUGCGAAGCAAAUG